GCUUGUUAGUUGGCGACGGGAGAAAAGACAAUUAAGGAGAGCUAAUAAUGGAGAUGACAGAGGACAUUGUUAUAGUCGGCGCUGGUAUUGCCGGUCUCGCUACUGCUCUCGGACUUCACAGGCAGGGGUUGCGGAGCAUAGUUCUUGAAUCAUCGGAGUCCUUAAGAGCCACUGGGUUUGCGCUUGGCUUGUGGACCAAUGCCUGGAGGGCACUCGACGCUCUCUCCAUCGGAGAUUCACUCAGACAACAAUCUGUUCAGAAUAACGAGUUUCAGGUUUUCUCUGCAGAUUCUGGCCUCCCAACUGCUGCUAUACCACUGCAGGUGUAUAAGAACCAACAUUUUGAAAGCCGGUGCAUGAGAAGGAAAGUGUUACUGGAGACAUUACACAAAGAGCUGCCCGAAGGAACUAUAAGGUACUCUUCAAAGGUUGUUAUGAUUGAGGAAUCGGGGCUGUUCAAAUUGGUUCAUCUUGCGGAUGGAUCCGUUAUCAGAACAAAGGUCGUGAUUGGGUGUGAUGGAGUCAAUUCCGUGGUGGCCAAGUGGCUCGGGCUCCAGAAUGCAGUUGAUUCCAAGAGGUCAGCCAUUAGAGGAUUUUUGGAGUGUCCAGAAAAGCAUGGGUAUGAGCCAAAGUUCUAUGCUUUUUUUGGAGGCGGCAUUCGUUUCGGUUUUCUUCCCUGUGAUGAGACGGGCUUGUAUUGGUUUUGCACUUACAAUCAAUCCACUGCCCAAUUUGAUGAAAAUGCAGAACAAGAUCCGGUUAAACUAAAGGAGUUUGUGCUAAGCAAGACUAGGGAUGUGUCGAAAGAAGUGACUGGCAUUCUCGAGAGAACUCCCCUUGACUGCAUUUUCUCCGCUAAGUUGAAGCUGAGACUACCAUGGAAUGUUUUGCUGGGAGAUAUUACCAGAAGCAACAUUUGUGUAGCGGGCGACGCUCUUCAUCCCAUGACGCCAGAUCUCGCACAGGGCGGAUGCUCAGCGCUCGAAGACAGCAUCAUCCUCUCCCGGUGCCUUGCAGAGGCAUUCUUGGCAAAGCCAAGAGGCGACAUUGCAGACGACCAAAACGCCAAUGAAGAAUUCAAUAGGAUAAAAAAGGCUCUCGACAAAUACGCUAAGGAGAGAAGGUGGAGAAGCUCUCUUCUCAUCACUGGUGCUUAUUUGAAUGGUUUCAUUCAAGAGAGUAAUAACAAAGUGAUCAGCUUCCUGAGAGAGAAGUUCUUGGCUCGUUACACCCUGAGGAUUAUGCUAAGUGUAGCUGAUUUUGAUUGUGGGAAACUGCUGUUAUAAAGGGCAAACCGGGUGAAUUCUAGAUGGGGAACCCAACUUUGAAACCCAAUUUUAUGCUGUGUAAUCUGAUAUUAAAGAAAAGAUGAUUCCCUACACCUUCGAGAUUAGAUACUAGUUGCCUUAGCUUUUGUUUGAAGUUGUUUGUCAGCUUAUGUAUAAGAAUAAAUUUUGUCCAAAUAAACUAAGGCUCCAGCAUG